AUGGCAAGAGGCAACCAAAGAGAUUUGGCAAGAGCCAAAAACCAGAAGAAGCAGCAGGAGCAGAGCAAGAGCCAGAAGAAGGCAGGCGAUCCAUCCAAGAGAAUGGAGUCGGACGCUGAGAAAAUGAGAAGAAAACAAGCUGAAGCGGAUGCAAGAAAGGCAGCAGGAGAGACUAAGAAAUAA